UCUCCAUCUCUCUCCUGCAUUUUCUCGGUUGCGGUGAAAGGCAGAGAACACACUCACACACUCACACACUCUCUCUCACACACACACUCGCAGGCAGACGACAGGAUGUCGAUGGUCAGCAUCGUUGCCAGGGAGAUCUUGGACUCCCGGGGAAACCCCACUGUGGAAGUGGACCUUCACACAGAAAAAGGUGUGUUCAGGGCAGCUGUGCCCAGCGGAGCGUCCACAGGUAUCUAUGAAGCUCUGGAGCUGCGAGAUGGAGACAAGAGCCGCUACAAGGGCAAAGGUGUUUUAAAGGCGGUCGGUCACAUCAACGACACUCUGGGUCCAGCUCUUAUAGCCUCUGGCAUCAGCGUGGUGGAGCAGGAGCAGCUGGACAACAUGAUGAUCGAGAUGGACGGCACGGAAAACAAAUCUCAGUUCGGUGCUAACGCUAUCCUCGGCGUGUCUCUCGCCAUCUGUAAGGCCGGUGCAGCAGAGAAAGACGUCCCCCUGUACCGCCACAUAGCUGACCUGGCUGGAAACACAGAGUUGGUGCUGCCGGUUCCUGCAUUUAACGUGAUUAACGGAGGAUCUCACGCGGGAAACAAACUGGCCAUGCAGGAGUUUAUGGUUCUUCCUGUCGGAGCCGAGUCUUUCAAGGAGGCGUUGAGAAUAGGAUCGGAGCUGUACCACACACUGAAGGGAGUGAUUCAGCAGAAAUACGGGCAGGACGCCACCAAUGUCGGCGACGAGGGCGGCUUCGCUCCAAACAUCCUGGAGAACAGUGAGGCUCUGGACCUGCUGCAGACGGCCAUAGAGAAGGCCGGCUUCACUGACAAGGUGGUGGUUGGGAUGGACGUGGCCGCCUCAGAGUUUUACCGCGAAGGGAAAUAUGACCUGGACUUUAAAUCCCCACCAGAUGCAGAGAGACACAUCAGUGGAGAAGAGCUGGCUGACAUCUACCAGGGCUUUGUCAACAACUACCCAGUUGUGUCCAUCGAGGACCCGUUCGACCAGGACGACUGGGAGGCCUGGUCCCGGCUCACGGCCCGUGUGGGGAUCCAGGUUGUUGGAGACGACUUGACGGUGACUAACCCCAAGAGGAUAGAGAAAGCUGCGGAGGAGCGAGCCUGCAACUGUCUGCUGCUCAAAGUCAACCAGAUCGGCUCCGUCACCGAGGCCAUACAGGCGUGUAAACUGGCCCAGGCCAACGGCUGGGGUGUGAUGGUCAGCCAUCGCUCCGGAGAGACGGAGGACACCUUCAUCGCCGACCUGGUGGUGGGACUGUGCACUGGACAGAUUAAGACCGGUGCCCCCUGCAGAUCUGAGAGACUGGCCAAGUACAACCAGCUGAUGAGGAUCGAGGAAGAGUUGGGAGACCAAGCUCGGUUUGCAGGCCAUAACUUCAGGAACCCGAGUGCACUGUGAAACUGGAGAGACAGACAGACACACAGACAGACAGACAGACACACACACACACAAACAGGGAAUGAGCCAUGUACAAAAACACGGAAAAAACAACCACAAAAUAAGUCCAGCAAAAAAUAGAUAGAAAUAAAAUAUGCACUGAAAUAAUAUGUGGAGACAUAAUGCUGCACGCACACACACACACACACACUCACAGAGUUGGCGAUGCAACACGCACUCGUGCACACGCAGGAGAAUAUUAUGAAAAUAUGAAGCUCUAUAAGCCAGACAUGCACUGUUACUGUAGUUUUAAACGAGGACGGAGCUGCAAAAAUAAAGAUUACAGAGUUCGAGUCAUUCUAGAAUAUAAAGUUUAGACUGAAGCACGCGACUGAACGAGAAUCAACAAACAUCAAUUUCAGGGACUGGAGUGAUGUAAACAAUAAACAACAACAACAACACAAACACACUCACCUGACCCGACACUGACGUACCUGCACUCCGCCCACUUCUGUCCACUCCUCCUCCUUCUCAUCGUGUCUAACUCAUUUUUUUGUGAUUCUGAUCAUUUGUCAUUAACAAAAAUGAAAAAACAAAACCACCACCUUUGUUCCCUGGGUUUCUCCUGAAUGUCCAGUAGAUUAGCUGUGUCAACCAAGAAGAAGAAAGUGAAUUUAAAGAGAAUAAUACAAAAAAAUGCUUGUCAUU